AUGGUUAGAAAAAAAUGAGCGUGUGUGACUCGUCAGACGUGUUUCCUUAUCAAUGAGAUAUUUUCGAAGAAGUAGCUAGGCUGAUAAGAUCGGAGAAGUUGGAAAAUAGUGAUAAACAGUUCGGGCGUAAAAAAGAAAACAAUUUAGCAAAUUCUAGAUUCCGUUAUGUGCGGCUAAUGAUUGUAUAGAGAUUGACGCGUUGCAACCUCGAAAGGCAUUGAAAAUGUUCAAAAUCGAAUCCUACAUAACGCCAAUAAUUCUGAGCUACGUGGAGAAAUAUGUUAAGAACAUCCGACCGGAAGACUCGCAGGUGUCCCUGUGGGGUGGCGAAGUGGUGUUUCAGAACCUGGACCUGAAGCUAGAUGUGCUGGAGGAGGAGCUGGCAUUGCCGUUCCAAUUUCUGUCCGGACACAUCCACGAGCUGGCCAUCCGGGUUCCCUGGACCAAAAUCGCGUCGGAACCGAUUGUCAUUACGAUCAACACGAUAGAGUUCGUGUUGAAGCUGCAAGAACCAGAUAACCGUAGCGUCCCUCGGCGGGAUAGCAGCCGCAAGAGUCGCAACUCAGAGGAAACGCCGCCGCCUGGCUAUAUGGCAUCGCUUAUAAACCGGAUAGCCAACAACAUCACCAUCCGGUGUCACAAUGUGAUCCUAAAGUAUGUGGAAGAGGACAUCGUGGUCUCGAUGAAUAUUCAACAGCUUUCGAUGGAAUCGGCCGACAACGAUUGGAAUCCGGCUUUUAUCGAUAUAUCACCAACGCGAGUCUCUCUGAGAAAGCUGAUCAAUAUAAUCGAUUUGACGAUAUGCCUGGAUAAGCGGAAUUCGGCAGGGAAGAUAGAAAUGUGCCAAGAACCUGUGCUUUAUCGAAGCACUUUACAGGCCCGGGUGUUGAUGAAAUAUAGCAAUGGUCCGAAUCAAGAUCGAUCUUCGAUCACGAGAAUUGACAUUCAUAGCCGGUUUUUGGAUUUCAACAUAUCUUCUCAACAGUUUCCGAUGUUGAUGAGACUCUUUGAGCUGGGCCUAGCACUUAAGCAGGGUAAAAUUAAGAGCGAAGCUUUGCCGGGGCAGGAUAUGACAGCCAUGGAUAGUGAUGGUACGUCCGGACAGGAUUCGUUACUUACUUGGGCUUGGAAUUUGUUGCCUUCAUUCUUUCCCGAAGAAAACGAAUCGGAGCAUACAGACGAUCAUGAGUUUCAUGUUUUUCAUUCCGGAUGCUACGUGGACAGAAUGCGGAUGGUCUUCAAAACUCAAGAAUUCAUUGGAGACAGCAUAGGGACGCGUAAAAUCAAGUAUAGUCCAUUCCUUCAGUUGGAUUUGAAUGGAGUUCACGGUGAGGUUGUGAUUUGCGGGUUGAAAUGGUUCAACUGUUCCGGCGGGAUAGCGAAAAUAGAAUUGCAGGCACUUGAUAAUUGCCCCUGUGGUUCUCCGUUGACAAUCAAAGAAGUUUUCCAAAGUGAAUCGGUUUUUACCCAGAGCGAUCAACACAUGAUUGGAUCUUUUUUCGACGAUAAAACAGGAGAAUCUAAGAAGUACAAUAUCAACUGGAACGUUCACUUGGGAACGUUUAGUCAGGAGAAUCUACUUAAAAAAUCACCUGCAGUAGCGAUUGAUAUCAUUCAUGAAGUACAGAUACCUGAUGAUCGAAAGACGUCUGAAAUCGGAAGUGAUUUAGAAUUUAGCAAUCUAUCUGAAAAGUAUAUGAUACGUGCAUUUUUGGGAAAAUUUAAGCUCAAGAUCGGUGCCGACACGUUGCACAGAAUAAAGGCUUUGGUAUCAUAUAAGGAUUCCUAUGAAUAUCCACCGUACUACGAAGAGAAGCCUUUGCCAAAUCUUCAACAACUUCCACCGCCUUCGGCCGAAGAUUACGAUGCUCUAAUGAAUGAGAUCCCCUUGAAGCAAGUGCACAUAACCAUAGUUGCACCGAUUAUUGAGCUGCAUCCGUUCGAUCAUGGUUGUCUGACGAUUGGGAAAAAGCGUAGUUCAAACAAACUUAAUCAAAGCUCACCAAAUUCCUUUCUGUCCUUAGAGUGGAAUCGAAUCGAAUGCAACAUUCUCACUCCUCUCUACCCAAAUCGCCUAGUUUUCACGACCUGUCAACUCCCCGAACCUCCUACUAAAUUAUUUGAAGGAUGUUUUCAAUCGAUAUCCGGUAACUUAGAACGCCUCCAAUUGAAGCUCUUAGUCAACAACCAAGAAUUGCAGCUAGCUACUGCUAUCAACCUAUAUCAUCAACAUAGAUUUAUAAUUCACGAACAUCUCUGGCCGAAUGCAGAACUCAACAAAGUCGAGCAUAACUACGGUAUAUCGGAUCUAAAGCUAACAUUGAACCCCCAUCAAGCUUUGCUUGCAUUAGGCAUUAUCAGCUCAUUAAUCGACAAAACUCCUUCUAAUCCAGCACCUGACCUCAUAGCUAAUAUUGCACUGCCAACCAUUCCUACGCUGGAAACAUCGAUAUCGCACAUCCAGUUGCGUCAAAUAACGGCAUCAGAAACAUCUUGCCUGAAACUUACUUCACGCAGCCUUCGAUGCCUGUCAUUCAUUCCCUGCAACGCCUCGUCUCAACGAUCUCUAGCUGCUCUGUGGCCUGACCAUCCAACUGAAGAAGAUUUUCUCACUAUCAUAGUCCAGCUACCAACGAGCCCAUCACUCGCCAAUCUCAGCCAUCCACCAAUCUUCUACGGUAGAUUCCUAGAUCUCAGUCUCAAUCUUGACCCACUGUUCCUACAAUUCAUCCAUAUUUUUGGAGAACUUUACCAAUGUUCCAACGACACCCAAGUAUUACGGACCUCUUCCCGUCACGCUGUCAGUCCCCGAAAAUCAGUCGAUCGAACUCUACCACCAUCCAAAAAGUCGUCCCAACAACCCAACAUCACCUCAGUCCAUUCUACAAACUCGGACAAAAUUGACUCCAAUAACCAACAAACAAAAGCAACAGCUACGGGACAUCCUGUCGCAAGUGGCAGUCAGAACCAGCCAAUGCCAACGCUUGCCGCGUCCACGGUCGUUGAAGAAGGCAACGAUUGCGGAACACAUCCAUCGAAGCGAUCUACCGAACCGCAACAGCCACAGAGCCCAAACGAAGUUAAUCCGGCUUUCUGGAUGCAACUGUCACGCCGUAUUAUUUUUCACCUAGAAUUCUGUCACUGUACCGGGUACUUUCCGGUCAAAAGCAUCGCCCCGCCAGAGGAGGCAUCUUUGGAACGGAGUCCCUCGCAGGAGGACGAAUUUGGCGAUAAUCAAGUGGUGAUGCUUAAAUUACCGUUAAUAACCGUCGACUCGGCGUUCAAGUCCAGCAGCCUAUCAGCGGGCAUCAACCAAUUUCCCAUAAGCCUGGCAAAGUCAGUUUGGCCAGACGACAAGGAUAGUUAUCCGUGGACGGUUUCACUUGCAAACGCCUCCAGCUGGACAUAUCAACAUCGGCAGAUGAACAAGCUCCUCGACGAGACGACCACCAAUAUUUCGUUGGUUUUGAACUUCAAAGAAGACGAACUGAGCCAGCCGGCUUCUGUUUGCUUCCACGUGGACACAUCACCAAUGAAGUUGAACGUUUUCGGAGAACAGCUGCAACUGCUUGGAUGUACACUGGAUAGGAUAUUAAGUCUGUCGAUAUUUCAAAAGUCUAACUGUGACAGUGAAGGGGACGGAAAAAUAAAACAUAUUCCUGCGUUGGAAAUAGUGCAAAAAUCUGGAAACUCUACUACCGCAGCUGAUUUAAAGGAUUUUUUGGAUAUGACUCACAACUCAAGUGGAGCCUCAGACGAUACGUUGAAAGAAGGGAUCAUCAAAAGUGUCAUACCGGUUUCUAUUUGGUUGCAGUGGACAUUCUCCAAAGUUACCUUUAACUGCUUCAGUAAAGAUGAUACAGGGCAGCUGAAAACGAAACUAGUAAUUGAAAUGGAAGACAUUAUCUACAGUUUGGAUAUGCAGGACGUGUAUCUGCAGAUAAAAGCUAAAAUCGGUGGAAUGAAUGGACAUUGCUUCGAGUGGGCUGAAGAUGAGAAAGCUUGGAAACGCAAUGAAGCCCUGGGAUUGACUGUGCAAACCGAAUCAGGUGGAUCUUGUAAGUCCGCCAAUGAUACGUUUCUAAAUUUGACUAUUACAAAGGCAGAGACCGCAAACGUCCACACAAAGUGGGAAACUGUGAGGAAAAAUCGAGAACAGAAUGAAUCGCUCAUAGAAAUUGUACUUAAAAUAGAACAUAUUGACUUGCGUUUGGAUUUGGAUUUGUUGGCCCAAUGUAUCGAUAUUCUCACCAUAUUCCAACGAAAGGCCGAAAUUGAUCAGCCGCAGCCUGUUUUAGGGGUAAAAGAUCUACCUUUAGUACUUUUUUCAAGCAAAGGCUUGCGAGUUUAUAUUCCCGUGAGGGACGGAGUUGAACCUUAUAGUGCUUUCAUAUUUAAAGUGAGUUCUAUUACCGUACAUCACAACGUUGAAAACCCCAUAUGUAGAGUACCACUGCGUGCAGACAUUUACACCAAAGCCGCUCAAAUGAGAAUCCUUAAUGUGCCGGGUUCAAAAAUAGAAGAUCGUCAAUACGAGUUACUGUUACGAGACAUUUCUCUGACAACUGCUCUUUGGUCAGACAUUUUAGCAUUUAUUCAGGAUCAAAAUUCGGCUGCACUGCAUCAUGAUAACCCUGCAUUUAAAUGGAACAACAUGCAAGACGUACAGAAUUCAUCAGAAUUGGAAGUAAGCACCGUCUUUAACGAUUUCCAUUUCUCUGUAAUAUAUGCUCCUUGCAUAAUUUACAAAAACGUACUUAUCUGUAGCCAAGCUACGGAGCUCAACUGCAUGACGGAUUUAGUAGUCAAUCUAGAAAUGCACCAAUUAAAAGUUGCUGGUCAAAUAAUCAGAAAAUCCAGCGCCAUCCUACAAAUGAUUAAACCACCCUCUGCUCAGCAAUCAACAUCUGGAUCUUCGACACGGAGCAGCUUUGUGGAAUUCAAUCCAGUACUGUUCAGCACAAACUCUUCAGUUCCAAAUCAAUCCAACAACGAUUUAUUGAGUUUAGAUUCAGUUAAAUCCUGCAAAGAUUCCGAACCGCCCGUUGUUCCUCGAAUGAGAACUAGCCAUUCAAAGUUAUCUGAUUCCGGUGUCGAAUCGUACUGGACAUCGAUAGAUGUCAAAGCUACCAGCAGACGAAGCGCCAGUUCCGUGUUGAGAAAAAAUCCUUCAAAGUCUUCGGACAAACUACACAACACAAACGUUGAACAAAUGCAACAAUCAUCAGCGCACCAGCAGACCGUACCAUAUGAAGUGUGUUUUCUCGGGGGUCUCUUCAAAGUGAAUCUUUACGAUAGAAAAUGCAAAGAUGAGACUACCGAACCUAUCUGUCGCGUUGUGAUGGUACAACCAAAUGGUUUGCUGUCGCUGAAUUUGCUGGAACAUGUCGCGCAGAUAUCGAUAUUCGAUGUUUACUUCGAACUGAACAAUCAGCCAUUGCUGAAAACUAUUGAAGGAAAACUUGAUGAACUAGGUAUUCCGCAACCAAUAAUGAAAGCAAGGUAUGUGAAUAAUUUGGCUAAGAAAAACAACGAGUUGAAUCUGGAUUUCAAACGUCCCUUUAAAAUCAAAGUAUCCCAUCAGAAGAUCAAAACUCUACUGGAUGUGCUGUGCGUUCUGGAUAUAACAUUAGGAGUAUCUGUCCAAAAACCACAGUCGAGUGGACGACGUAGAAGACUACCGAAACCAAUACUGGGUCGUAAUAAGUUCAAGCUCAUUCGGUCUCACUUAUACGACAUUGAAAAAGUUAAUUUUUCAACAUCCCAAGCCUUGAUCCAUCUACAAGAUGAAAAUCAAAAGGCCUAUGAUUGUAAGUUAUCGUUAUCAUCUAUUCGUUCUUCUCUUCACAUCCAUGAACGACCCGAGCGCAUAGUGUUCAACUUAGAUCUGGAUGAACUCGUAGUAUGUCAGAAUUCUUUCACUAUACUACACCCCUUUUCAUGGAGUAUACAAGCUUCUCUUACUCAAGAGUACUGGAAGAGAGAUCCCUUAGUUCAAAUAAAAAUAAACUCAGGAUAUCUUCAGCUAGACUGUAAUCCCAAUAACUUGACUGAGUUUCAAAGGAUGGCAGAUCUGUUCAAAAGUAUACUAUUAGCUAAGACCCUCGAGACCAAAACUCGCCCACCAUCUCAAUUUAGCAGCGUAAAUCAAACUCCUCGAAAAGAACUGCUCAUACCAAUUACCGCACCUGGAUUCCCUCGUAAAGACUCUUUAAAUACGUCGGAGGAACACUAUCAAGAUGAUCUACGGGCUGGAGCAUUUCAGUUCAUUGAAUCUGCACGAUCAAACGACCUUCCCCUGCCGUAUCAGAUAAAAAUCAUAAAUCGAGAUGUAGGAAUUAUUUGCUGGCGCUAUCCGCAACCAAGAGCUUUGUCCAACGUCAUUGUUUACCCGGUGCCGAUGAAUCAACCUGCUGUAAAAUUGUUAUCCAUCCAAUGUAGACUGGAAUACUAUUCGGAAAUUCAUGGUGAGUUCUUCGAACUGUGUGAAUUCACACUUUCGGAAAAUGAGAAAACCAACUUACGUUUACCAACGCGACGCAUUUGCUCAGCAACGUGGCGAAUUGUGAUGACGCAAAAUGUCAUUCAUGAAAACGGUGCCAUGGAAGAUGAAACCCAAGAUUCUGUGGCAAAUGACCAGGGAAAAUCGCUUAUCUCGAAUAUAACUGAUGUGCUUAAGGAUACAUAUCUAGUUGGAAGCAGCCGACUGGUUAGUUUGCCUUAUCGUCUUCAUCCAAAAAUAUUCGUAGCUUGCAUGAGAGUAGAUUCGCUGUUCAAUUCCAAUCUAGUCCCGAACGUCGAGUUUAGUGUGGAACUCCGUCCAGUACAGGUCAACUUCUUCAAUCAGCUGAACUAUCACAAGAACAGUAAACUACCCAAACCUUUCGAUAAGUAUCGAAUAUGCCAAGAAUCCAUCGAGAUGAAAAGCCACAAAUUUAUGACGCUUAACUCCAGUUUCGUUAGAAUUCAUGGUGCCAUUUGCAACAACAUGAAUUUGCUGAUUAGUGGUGAGUUAAAUCUUCACUGCGAUCUUCUUGAUUACAGCCACUUUACUUUUGAAAGUGGGUUCGAAAUGGUUAACAUGAAGGCUCUGGCAGCUGUUGAAGAGAACUCUCUCGAGUUGAAAGUUAUAUCAGAUGAUAUAAUAGUGCGGUUUGGACCAUCCAUUGGUUACAAUCUACUGUUAGCGGAAAAAAUAUGGAAGUCGCCAAGCGAAACAGUUCUCCUUUAUGGAAAGUAUAUUAUAUGCAACAACAUGCAUGUGAGUGUACGAAUUGGUCAAUGCAAUACAGGUGAGUCAAUUUUCCUCGGUGCAUCAGAGUUGUGCAUUUACGUAUUCAGAAGCUACAGUCAUCAACAGAUGCUCCAAGUGACUUUCAAAGAAAACAGCAAAGACAUUGAUUCCGAACCAUUUUCGAUUACGAAGGAUGGUAUAUCUUAUGUGAAAAUACAGCAGGCUUUCGAAGAAGACCUCGAAGAUGAUAAGCUAUUCGUUAUUCGGAUUGAAAGUCUCAGUGGAUCCCAAAAAAGGAUCACAAUUGAAGGCCAGAUUAGUUUCUUUAAUAUGACCUCACAGCGUUUAAAAGUGCAAUAUCGAUUCUACAAAAUUAUACCAAACAGUGAUAAAAACUAUGUAUCAACAAACUUCUCAAUUGGUGAGCGAGGCAGUGCGAAUAUUUUCGGUGCUGCAAACAAUAAAAAUCAACAAAGUAUCAAAAUAGCUCUCGACGGAGAAAAACGCGGCUGGUCCGGUGACAUUCCCAUGAGAGAGAUAAUGAAUGGUUCGAAGCCGUAUUUGGUAAAAAUUCCAACAGUUUUGACAAAGGAAGGCUAUAUGAGCUACUGGGUGAGAAUAAUCCGCGAGAAAAUAGGUGGCACAGAUGUGACACUUAAAGAAAAAUUCAAUGAAAGAGUCCUGGUCAUCGUUUGGCCACUGUUCAUGGUGCAAUCCAUGCUAGCAGUAAAUACAACGGCAUACGAAGAAAAAAUUGAUCAAAACUUUUCUAUCUACGGUCAGGGUGAGCGAAGACAGUUGAUCAUAUCGGGUACAAACUCCGAUGAACACGAGCUACAGUUCCGCAUGAACUUCAACAUCCUGGGUGGGGAAGAUAAGCAGAAGGCCUUGCUGUCCUACAGAUUGAUCGAUGGUCGGUCUUUCUUCCAAGUUCCAGAAAGGUUCAAAACCAUUGAAAAUGCUAUCGAACUGCUGCAGCAGAAUCACAAACUGCCAUGGCCAUGUUCUCGCGAAGAAGAGCUACGUUGGAAGCGAGAAAAUUCAAUACAGGAAGCCACACUGCCUAUAUAUCACUGCUCGGCAGCUCACGAGCUGUCUUGUAGCUUGAUGUUGAGCAUAUCACCGUGGUGUUUCUUUAUCAACCAGCUUGGUUGUCCGGUGCGCUUGAAGAACUAUGAAACUCAAGAAGUGAAUAUAGUGGAAGCAAACAACAUUGUGAUGCCAAGUUACAUUGAAAAUGUAUUUACUUUUGAGUUGGAUGUUGGCUUUCUGCUCAAAUCGGAACUGAUCUACCUGAAAGGAGAAAUUAGGAAGCUGUCCUCGGGCAGUAUUAUUCUGCCUAGUGAUGGGUCCGUAAACAUCUGUAUACGAUCGGAAAACGGGAUUGCUCAACUGGUGCUGACGUCGAUAACCGAGAACAACAUCCGUGUGUUGAUCCUCGCCCCGCAGUAUGUUGUCGUGAACUAUUCGACCGCAUGCGAUCUACGCGGUUGGUGUUUUGCCGUGCUAGCCAAUGAACGCAUGGACCAAGUCCGACAGGAUGAGCAAGCUUCACAUACGGCAGUGUUCAGUUUGCCACGCACCGAUCGCAGGAACGAAAACCCUCAAGGAACUGCAGUUACCAUAUUGAACAACCUAUCCAAGCACAAAAACAGACUGAAGGCAUCAAGCAAUUAUAACUGUUAUCUAACGUUAUACCAAGACGAUGGUAACGACUUUUCCGCACCGAUACUCCUCAACCAACCCCUAUCCCGGAAAAGUUUCUCCGUCCAGUGUGACGAUCGGUACGUUCCGUUGGCUCUUUCCAUCAUCACUCACCAGGGACAGUCGUUCAUCUCCAUCUACGACGAUCCAUGUCCAUGUUUUUCGAUUGAGAAUCGAACCGAUUUCAACAUUUACGUUGCCCAAGCCGAUUCUAACAAUUCCAAUAAGCCAGCGGCACCUGUCCCUGAAUGUGCUGCGGAUUCCAACUUUGUGUGGUAUCAAAUUGUUGGCUCACGGCAGACCGUUUUCUACACCCCACCGGAAGUGGAUACUACAUUCCCGGAAGUACAGGAACAGGAAUUAUCACUUAUUUUUGCAUGCGUUAGCGGAAGCGCGAUUCGAUGGUCCCAUCCUGUGAAGCUCGAUGAGAAUAAAAACAUUUUCUUGAACGUGCCACUGUAUGGAGAUCUCAAAUUGGCUGCCAGUUUGAAGAACCGUAGCACUGAAAUAAUAAUUGAGUACAUCAGUCAGGAUCUAGAAUUUUCAGCCAAGGAUAUCCGUACAAGAUUGCUGAAUCCACUGCCUUUGUCUACAGAUCAAUCCGAUUCCGAAGUUAAGAGAGAAAAUCAACCAAGUGUGCAUCAAAAACCUUCAACGAGUAGCGCUUUCAUUGAUCACAGAGCAACAGCACUUCCGUCGAAACGAAUUUCAUUUCGUGGUUUUUUUAAAUCGUUCAAUGUCACACUUUUCAAUGACCAAGAGCAACGGAACUGUUCCAAGAACAAUCUUAUAUCGAUUAACUUAGAUCGGAUCGGGGUCGAACUAAACUCGGCUGAGGAAAAUAAAGCAAUGAUUCAGUUUGUGAAUCUUCAGGUCGAUAAUGAGCUAUACUGCGCUGGAGAAUAUGAUUUUCCAGUAGUGCUUUGUAGUGAGGACCACGAACGCAAACAACAGAAAUCAACAGUGAUACCAAACCAGCACCGCUUGGAAGAAUGCUUAGAGGAAUUAGCCAAAGAUGCCUUGUGUGGAAUUUAUUUAGAGAUAAACCCCGAAAGCUGGACUAACGUGGAAGGAGUGCGAUUUAAGAUCAAUCCCAUAAGGGCGUACAUAGAAGAUACGUAUAUAAACGUGUUGUUGGAUUACCUUAUGGAGUGUCUGCCUAUAAACCUUAUUUAUCAACCAGAGCAACCUGUAGAUAGGACACUUUGUCCAGCUGGUUUUGUGUUGAUUCCUAAAUUGGUUAGCCAGCAAUCUUCUUACUUAGCAGAUCCAAUCAAAUUUCGUUUUAUAAGGAUAGAACCUUUACACGUACUAUUAUCUGUUCAUACCUGUAUGCGUUUGUACAUAGCACUAGAUCACAGUCCUUUAGACUUUUCUGCCUUUGAAAGGAGACAAAUAAUUUCCUUGCCGGUGCGCCUGGGAAAUACGCUCGGAAUGCAUUAUUUAUCAGGCGCUAUAUUUGGUGGAGGAUGGGUAAUAGGAUCACUGGAAAUACUAGGAAGCCCAAGUGGUUUGGCAAGAUCAGUCACCAAUGGGUUACGAGAUUUUGUAUCCCUACCUGUGCAAGGAUUGUUCCGAGGACCAUGGGGUUUCUUGGUGGGCUUGACGCAUGGCUCAACAUCGCUGGUUCGAAAUAUAACCGCUGGAACGGUAAACUCUGUAACCAAGUUGGCAACCUCGGUUGCCCGGAACUUGGAUCGCUUGACGCUGGACACAGAACACGUGCAACGAACUGAUGCCCUUCGAAGGCGAAGACCUCAAGGUAUGACUGAAGGUUUCACACAAGGAUUAACAGGACUGGGCAUAAGCAUUUUAGGCGCUGUUGGCGGACUAGCACAUCACCCUCUUCAGGCAAGAAGCCCAAUAGACGUUGUUACUGGUGUUGGAAAAGGAAUUGUGGGAGCCUUUACAAAACCAAUAAGUGGCGCUGCUGAACUGGUAGCUCUUACUGGUCAAGGAAUGCUUCACAGCGUUGGCUAUAACACUCUACCUUCACCAAAAUAUAUUCAACAACCCAUCCAACGACUUGAUCCAAUACCGUAUAAGGCUCUUUGGGAACCUCAAGCACUCUGUGAAGGGCGAUUACUGUUUACAGUUCAGGCCACCCAUGUCAAUCGUGGCCUAUACAAAUUGGUAGUGGUUGCAAUCUACCAAGGAACAUUAGUUUUACUGGAUGCAGAUCAAGGCCAAUUUUUAGAGGUGUUGGGUUUGAAAACCGUUUUUCCAACUAUCGAUGUAGCCGAUUCCCAAUUGGUUGUGCUAAGAAUAAGACCAGAACUGCCACCCCCACCCCAGGACUACAUGAGCUAUCCUAUAUCCAGUCGAACCUACCAGUUUGUACAAGAAUCAACGAUGCAGCUGCCAAAGCUUUCGUCCUACACAUUGCCAACAGUGGCGCCUCCGGUCACAACUUUCAACGUCCAACAAAUUCGCCAAAUGACUGUUGAAAGUUCUCCACCCUCACUAGGACUCUCGGGCUUUGUGGGAGUUGGUGUAGGAAACUUGGAUUACAAUUCCACCCAACCUUUGGAGGAAACCGAUGUUACUGUGGUUUCCCCUUCUGAAGACACUAAACAAGUGUCCAUAGCAAUGGAAGACGAUGGUUGUCAGCACCAGCCAUUGUUGCUCCUAGAAGAUGUACCCAUCAUCGAGGGUGAAGAGGUUUGUCCGGACGAUAGUGAACGUAGAUUACUACUAUAUGUUGAGGAAAAUUUGGCUAGCUAUUUGGUUCACUAUGUGAAUCUGCUCAAGAAAUGUCUUGAACCGGAAGGAACCAUCGUAUUCGAACCAUUCGGCUGUAAAUAGAAGUAAUAAGUGUUGAUACGAGCAACUUUAAAACGACUCCUUUUGGAACUGUAGAUACGGGUAAGUCUUUCCAAUCAGUAACAGCUGUUUUGUAUUACCUACCUUUAUUUAAUGAAAACCUAGUAAAAUUUUAACAUUUUUACUGUAUGUUCUUUCGUGCUAUUUAUCAUUUUUAUACACCCUUAUAAUCAAAAUUAUCAUAAGGUAACUUAAGUUCUUAAAUCGCUAAAUUAUAACAUU